AUGGUCUACUUUCUGCUGUUACAUCAGGAGUUGACUGAAGAAAGUGAGGAGAAUGAAGAAUUGAGUGAAGUUGAGGGAAAACAUCUCUUCAGAACUGGAAAAAAACCUUUGAGUUGCUCUCAAACGCAGAAAGAUUUAAAGAAAAGAAGAUCCCAGAAAUCCUUCACCUGCACUCAGUGUGGAAAGAGAUGGACAUGCAAACGUCAUCUUGAGCUUCACUUGAGAGUUCAUACUGGAGAGAAACCAUACGCUUGUGAUCAAUGCGGGAAGAGUUUCUCACACUCAUCAAGCCUUAAGCAUCACAUGAACAUCCACACUGGAGAGAAACCGUUCUCUUGUAAUCAGUGCGGGAAGAGUUUCACACAAUCAGCACAUCUUAAGGAUCACAUGAACAACCACACUGGAGAGAAGCGGCACACAUGUGAUCAGUGCGGAAAAACAUUUUUGAGAGCUUCAAACCUGAAGCAGCACCUGAGACUUCAUACAAAGGAGAAGCCACAUUCAUGUCAUUUGUGUGGAAAGAGUUUUUCACGUCUACACCAUUUAAAAGAACAUCAGAAAACACAUACUGGUGUGAGAGCGUACAUGUGCUUUGAGUGUGAGAAGACGUUUACUUCAGCGAGCCAUUUAAAACUGCAUGAGAGGAUUCACACUGGAGAGAAACCUUACAAGUGUUCACACUGUGACAAGAGAUUCAGUCAGUCAUCAACUCUGAAAACACACGAGAGGAUCCACACUGGAGAGAAACCGUAUCACUGCACUGCAUGUGGGAAGAGUUUCAAUCAAUCUUCUAAUCUACAAAGUCAUACAAAAAACAAUCACAGUAAGUAG